AUGGACUCCGCAAAGCAACGCCUCAGCAAGAAAGCCAAGACCAUAGUCCUCAAGGCCCUCCCGCGGGAGCGCCUCGCCUCCCGCCUGUCCCAGUGCCUCGACGCCGCCCUGGCCUCCAUCAAGGGCAUCCCCCUGGACCUCCCCGACCGCGUCCCGCCGCCGAGCCCGCUGUCCCCGGUCGCCACGAUCCCCGACCAGACCCCGCUCUCGACCGAAGCCUACCGGGCCUCCCGCGACCGGUACGUCCGCUGGACGCCGCUGCGUAACGGCGAGUACGCGGCCGACUGGGCCAGCGGCUGCGUCCCCACCGAGGCUGAUGUUCACCGCAUGCUGUCCUGGUACAAUACCUACGGCGUCUACGAAUUCCCCGCCGUCGAGUACGUGUCGCUGAUAGGACGGGGGCGGACGAACUACUUCUUCCUCGUCGAGUUCGUGCCCGCCGCCCGACCCUGUGGCCGGCUGCCGCAAAAGGUCGUUCUCAAGUUCAGCCUGCCCGUGUGCCCGCACGAGAAGCUCGAGACCGAGGUCGCGACAAUGGUAUGGGCGGCGGCGGCGACGUCGUCGUCGUCGCCGUCAUCGUCUUCCCCCCGGCUGGUCCCUAGGGUGCUGGCGUUCGACUCGUACCCCCGGAACCCACUGGGCCUGGAGUGGAUGAUGAUGGAGCCCGUGUCUGGGUUCCCCUUACAGGAGUAUGAGCUCCAGGGGUCCACGGACACGGGGCUGGAGGGCUUCGGCUUCCCCUGGAAGACGCCGCCGCAGAGCGACAAAGACCUUAUGAACAUUGGCGAGGGCAUCCGUGACUUCAUGGCCAAGAUCAAGGUGACGGCCUCCGGCACGCCAAAGGACAACUGCCUGAUCGGCAGCUUGCGGAUCAACUGGCAAACGAAAAGCUUCUACACCGGCUCCAUCGUGUCCCCUCACUUUUACAGCGCUGAUAGGUUGUGGCGGAAGCCUGUCCACGGACCAUACGCAUCGGUACAAAGUUACCUCGAAGACUACCUCUCCGUCUGGAGGGACGAGUACGUAAACGACGAAUACAUGCAGAAACGGCUCGCUAGCCUGGACAUUGUUGUGGGUAGGAUGGCGAAGCGUCUUGAGAUGCUGCCCGACGUCAAGUGGCGUCUGCCAACCGACGGUGGCCGCAUGAACGGCUGGCCGGUGACGAUAUCUCACCCAGACCCGCGACCCAACAAUGUUCUUGUUGGCGAGGACGAUCGGUUCUUCCAGCGAUUCGGGUGUGAAUAUGUCAUCGACCCCAUGCAGAUUGACAUGGGAUGCGCGCUGCCACCCAGGGCGGAGCUUCUAGAUAGAGUUCUGUCCCGCGCCUGGCCGGGCAGGGAGGCGUCCAUUGUGUUGGAGCCGGUAAUGGAGAGCACGUCAGGCAUAGAGACUGCUUUCAAGGCACUGAUGGAAGUGUGCGAGAGGCUGCCCCUGCGUAGAGAAACGGAACGCGUCUGGCUCGACAAGGCCGUCUUGGCUAUGAUGGACCAGUACGGGCAGGAUUGCACAAAGUAG